ACCUUCCAUUGAAACGCGGCGCAGAGGAUAUAAUUCCCAUUUUCAUUUAAGCCAAGUUCUCCAUAACCCAUUUUGCGCCUCUUUCUCUUCUCCCCCUCUCUGCCACUGCAACAAGAAUUUGGGUUCAGCAAGAUCUCCAUACCUGGGCAGAGUUGUGCAGAUUGAAUAUAUACAUAUAUAGAUACAGCAAGGUAUAUAUUUAUAUAUACACGCAGACAGAUACAGAAAUGCCGAAGCGAACGACGCAUACUUAUUCGAGCGAGGACGCUUUGCCUGACGGCCCCGACUCCGAUCUCUUCGUCUACUACUGCAAGCAUUGCGGCUCUCAUGUCCUCAUCACCGAUACACAAUUGCAGAAAAUGCCGAAGAGGAAAACAGACAACGCAUAUGUUUUGGACCGGAAGAAGCAUCUUGCAAGGCUGAACACUAGCGAAGCAGGAAAGGUCCUUUUAAAGCGCGGUGAAGGGAAAUUGGAGAGGCAGUAUCGAAUGAAUUGUGUGGGUUGUGAGCUUUUUGUUUGCUAUCGUGCAGAAGAAGAACUCGAAUCUGCUUCUUUCAUCUAUGUGGUUGAUGGUGCACUCAGUACUAUUGCUGCUGAAACCAAUCCACAGGAUGCUCCUGUCCCACCCUGCAUAUCACAGUUGGAAGGAGGCCUUGUUCAAGUGGCCAUAGAAGUGGAAGAUCGUGCACAACGCUCAGCAAUCACAAGAGUAAAUGCUGAUGAUGUUCGAGUUACUGUAGCUGCACCUGCGGCCCGAGGAGAAGCUAACAAUGAGCUUUUAGAGUUUAUGGGAAAAGUAUUGGGUCUGAAACUGAGCCAGAUGACUCUUCAAAGGGGUUGGAAUAACAAAUCAAAGCUCCUGGUGGUGGAGGAUAUGACUGCCAGACAGGUAUAUGAGAAGCUUCUCGAAGCUGCACAACCUUGAGAUAUCUUCCCACAAGCAGCUUUGGUCUCGCGCUUUUCUAUGUGAACAACUUGUUAUUACGAGCGAGCUUCUACUAGUUGAUUCUGGGGAAUAGCAGCAGAUUCAUAGGCGUAGCGAACCUUUUCAUGUUUCCUAUGUAGAACAGUAACUUGACUUCAAACCACCCUUUUGUUCGUAGUUGAGGAAUUGGAUGCAUUUGCUGCCUAUAGACACGCGAGCUACUACUUCUUUAUAAGCAAAGUUUCAGCCUUCAUUGCAUUCUA